AUGGCUUCUGCAAAUAUACCAUCAAAAACACCAUCUUUGCAAGAACAAGGAUCAACUUUUGAUGCAUCAAUUGGAACCCAAAAAAAUAAUAAUAGAGCAAAAAUCAAUCCUGCAUGGGGUCAUUAUAAACAAAUUGUGAAAUCUGGAAAAAACCAUUCUGUUAUGCAUAUAUUAGAGUUUGACGAGAUCAAACGUAAUGAGAUACAACAACAACAAAAAUCCGAAGUUCCAGCACCUAGCUCUAGAAAAGGAAAACAAGUCAAAGGAUUACAAUGCUAUUUUCCAUCGGCAACAACACCCGGAACUCAACCAACUAUCAAAAGUAUUCUUCAAAGCAAAGAAAUUGUGGAGAAAUGUGAUAUUGCUAUUGCAAAAUGGAUGAUGGAUGCCUCUGUUCCAUUUAAUGCGGUUAAUUCAGCUUAUUAUCAACCAAUGAUUGAUGCUAUUACAAGCAUGGGUGCUGGGUAUAAAGGGCCAAAUUAUCCAAGAGUUCGUGAGUAUUUGUUGAGUAAAUUGGUUGAGGAUGUGAGGAAAAUAAUUGAUGGUUAUGGUGAGAUUUGGAAACAAACUGGAUGUACUAUUAUGGUUGAUGGAUGGACUGAUCAUUGUAGGCGUACUUUGAUUAAUUUUUUAGUUUAUUGUCCUAAAGGAACUGUUUUUCUAAAGUCAGUUGAUGUUUUUAAUGUCUCAAAAACUGCCGAUGCUUUGUUUAAGUUGAUUAGGGAUGUUGUAUUGUUUGUUGGUCCUGAGAAUGUUGUGCAUAUUGUAACAGACAAUGCUGCAAACUAUGUUGCUGCGGGAAGGUUGUUGGAGGCUGAGUUUCCUAAAUUGUAUUGGUCUCCUUGUGCAGCUCAUUGUGCCAAUUUGAUGUUUCAAGAUAUUGGAAAGUUACAAGAAGUGAGUGAAACUGUGUCACAAGCUUCAAUGAUCACCAAAUAUAUCUAUAAUCAUUUCUAUCCGCUGUUCUUGAUGAGAAAGUUUACAGGUGGGCGGGAAAUACUUCGUCCGGCUCCAACUCAGUUUGCGACUAAUUUUAUUGCUUUGCAAAGUAUUUUGGCUCAAAAGGAUCCUUUGAGAGCUAUGAUAACCUCUAAAGAAUGGACAAGCUCAGCUUACUCCAAAGAAGUCAAAGCUAAGAGAUUUGUAGAUCAAGUCUUGGAUUCUAAAUUUUGGAGUCAAUGCACUGAUUUUGUUAAGCUUACUGAGCCACUUGUUCGUGUUUCACGUAUUGUGGAUAGUGAAGACAAAGCUGCCAUGGGUUUUCUUUAUCAAGCAAUUUAUAAGGCUAGAGGAGAAAUGGUAAAAAGGAAAAUGACUUCUGGCUUGUUGGAUGUCAUUGAGAAAUAUGCUUAUGGUGAUCCUAAUUUGAAUUAUAAGCUGACAAGUGAGAUGAGGAUCUUUAAGAAUGCUAAACAAGAUUUUGGAAGACCGUCUACAAUACGUGAAUGA